CAGAGCCGUUUCCUGUACACGUCGUCUUACAGCGCUGUGGAGACUCCUGCGCUGAGCUGCUGGAGCUUCGCGUUUGGAGAGGAGUUUAAUCAUGGAGACUCUGGUUGGUCUCCCGUUUGCUGUGUUAGAAUGUCCAAAUAUCAAACUUAAAAAGCCGUCCUGGCUCCACAUGCCUUCCGCAAUGACCGUGUAUGCGGUCGUGAUUGUGUCCUAUUUUCUCAUCACUGGGGGUAUAAUCUACGAUGUGAUUGUUGAACCGCCCAGUGUUGGCUCCAUGACUGAUGAACAUGGUCACCAGCGCCCAGUGGCGUUUUUGGCAUACAGGGUGAAUGGGCAGUACAUCAUGGAAGGUCUGGCGUCCAGCUUCCUCUUCACCAUGGGCGGCCUUGGCUUCAUUAUUUUGGACCGCUCCAAUGCCCCCAACAUUCCUAAGCUCAACCGCUUCUUGCUGCUCUUUAUUGGCUUUGUGAGCGUGCUGCUGAGUUUCUUCAUGGCCAGAGUGUUCAUGAGGAUGAAGCUGCCUGGUUAUCUCAUGGGUUAAAGCUGCACAGACAAGGCCUUUAGUGUGAAACAUCCCACAGACAGAGAGUGAAGAAUGACUGCAGAUGAACAGGAAACCCCCUUCCAGUGCCCCAAGGAUCAGUGUGAUGGGCAGUGUUUCUGCCCACCUCCUAAUUUUGUGUCUGUGUGUGAAUGACUUGUCCCCAAGAGCUCUAUGUUACUGACUAGAGUUUAGAUUUAUUGAAUCCUGCAAAACUUGCGUACCCGCUGUUGAUAAAUAUGGAUAGGGAAGGGAAGGCUUGCAUUGAAUGGGAGUGAUAUGUUGAGUGAUCAAAAUCCAUUCGCGUAUGGAAUCUUUCUUUAUGCACUUGUUUUGUACAAAUCUAGAAAAAGGCCUCACAACCUGGCAGCUGUGUGAUGGGCUGUGUUUUUCUAUAUACAACCAAAAUAAAACUUGUUUCCACAA